AUGUGCAAAGGAGGACAUCUCAAGACGAAAAAAUCUGCUGUGCUUGAAAGGCAUAGUGGCCACUUGCAAAUCUGUUCCAUAGGGGUGUCACGGAAGAAGGUCAGAGGAGAAGUCAUCACUCUUAGUGAGAAGGCAUUAACCAUAGCAGCAAGCCUAACCGUGGAGUGAACCUAGCUGGACAAAGUCACUGCCAAUACUUUUAGAGUCAGUGCUGAGAAAUAUGAGAGUAUGAAAAGUUCUUAUGUAAGGUCUAUGCUGUCUCACGGUAAAGCUCGAGAACUUGAAACACAAUUUAACCUGCAGCAAUGCUGGAGAUUAAUGGAUGAGUCAUAAGUAAAAUAUUCAAUCCAAAGAAGGCCUUUAUUCACUUGAUUAAUGAAUGCUCUUAAAAUCAAAACACAGAGGAUGGGUUCGUAAAAAAGGAAUAGCAAAGGUCUCUCUUUGCCAUAUGUAGGCUUCAAACUGAAGUAAGUCUUUUUGAGGUGAUAAAGUAAUAGAAAAAGUAUUGAAUGAGAACAGCCCAAAAAUAGCUUCAAGCAGACAAAAAAAAUCAUGAAAAGAGAAACAUAGAAUAACGUCGACAGUUCGGACAUUUGCGGUGCUGUCAAAAUGAGUCGUUCCAUGUAUAAAGAAUACAUGGACAGCAAGAGAGAGUUAUCAAAACUAUGGGAAUAAAGUGAAGACUCCAAGAAAGCCUGCUAGAAAAUAGGCCAUAGAUUGCCCCUCUAGGGUACUUUAUUACAUAGUGAAAUAAUAAAGGAAGCGUGCUAAAAGUGACCUUUUAAUAAAUAUGUAAUGGCUGGUGAGACAAUAGCCUCCAACAUAGUUUACCUCAAGUGAAUAUAACUGUAAGUGCCUCCAGUAACACUAACAUCCAGUGUGCCUCCCUAACACUGAGUGUGCCUCCGCUAACAUCCAGUGUGUCUCUACUCGCACCGAGUGUGCCUCCACUAACACUGAGUGUGCCUCCACUAACACGGAGUGUGCCUCCACUAACACUGAGUGUGCCUCCACUAACACGGAGUGUGCCUCCACUAACACUGAGUGUGCCUCCACUAACACGGAGUGUGCCUCCACUAACAUCCAGUGUGUCUCCACUAACAUCCAGUGUGCCUCCACUAACACUGAGUGUGCCUCCGCUAACAUCCAGUGUGUCUCCACUAACAUCCAGUGUGUCUCUACUCGCACCGAGUGUGCCUCCACUAACACUGAGUGUGCCUCCCUAACACUGAGUGUGCCUCCGCUAACAUCCAGUGUGCCUCCGCUAACAUCCAGUGUGUCUCUACUCGCACCGAGUGUGCCUCCCUAACACUGAGUGUGCCUCCGCUAACAUCCAGUGUGUCUCCACUAACAUCCAGUGUGUCUCUACUCGCACCGAGUGUGCCUCCCUAACACUGAGUGUGCCUCCCUAACACUGAGUGUGCCUCCGCUAACAUCCAGCGUGCCUCCGCUAACAUCCAGUGUGUCUCUACUCGCACCGAGUGUGCCUCCCUAACACUGAGUGUGCCUCCGCUAACAUCCAGUGUGUCUCCACUAACAUCCAGUGUGCCUCCACUAACACUGAGUGUGCCUCCGCUAACAUCCAGUGUGUCUCCACUAACAUCCAGUGUGUCUCUACUCGCACCGAGUGUGCCUCCACUAACACUGAGUGUGCCUCCCUAACACUGAGUGUGCCUCCGCUAACAUCCAGUGUGCCUCCGCUAACAUCCAGUGUGUCUCUACUCGCACCGAGUGUGCCUCCCUAACACUGAGUGUGCCUCCGCUAACAUCCAGUGUGUCUCUACUCGCACCGAGUGUGCCUCCACUAACACCGAGUGUGCCUCUACUAACAUCCAGUGUGCCUUCACUAACACGGAGUGUGCCUCUACUUACAUCCAGUGUGCCUUCACUAACACGGAGUGUGCCUCCACUAACACGGAGUGUGCCUCCGUUAACAUCCAGUGUGUCUCUACUCGCACUGAGUGUGCCUCCACUAACACUGAGUGUGCCUCCACUAACACUGAGUGUGCCUCCGCUAACAUCCAGUGUGUCUCUACUCGCACAGAGUGUGCCUCCACUAACACUGAGUGUGCCUCCACUAACACUGAGUGUGCCUCCGCUAACAUCCAGUGUGUCUCUACUCGCACCGAGUGUGCCUCCACUAACACUGAGUGUGCCUCCACUAACACUGAGUGUGCCUCCACUAACACUGAGUGUGCCUCCGCUAACAUCCAGUGUGUCUCUACUCGCACCGAGUGUGCCUCCACUAACACUGAGUGUGCCUCCACUAACAUCCAGUGUGCCUCCGCUAACAUCCAGUGUGUCUCUACUCGCACCAAGUGUGCCUCCACUAACACUGAGUGUGCCUCCACUAACACUGAGUGUGCCUCCGCUAACAUCCAGUGUGUCUCUACUCGCACGGAGUGUGCCUCCACUAACACUGAGUGUGCCUUCACUAACACUGAGUGUGCCUCCGCUAACAUCCAGUGUGUCUCUACUCGCACCGAGUGUGCCUCCACUAACACUGAGUGUGCCUCCACUAACACUGAGUGUGCCUCCGCUAACAUCCAGUGUGUCUCUACUCGCACCGAGUGUGCCUCCACAAACACCGAGUGUGCCUCUACUAACAUCCAGUGUGCCUUCACUAACACGGAGUGUGCCUCCACUAACACGGAGUGUGCCUCCGCUAACAUCCAGUGUGUCUCUACUCGCACUGAGUGUGCCUCCACUAACACUGAGUGUGCCUCCACUAACACUGAGUGUGCCUCCACUAACAUCCAGUGUGUCUCUACUCGCACCGAGUGUGCCUCCACUAACACUGAGUGUGCCUCCACUAACACUGAGUGUGCCUCCGCUAACAUCCAGUGUGUCUCUACUCGCACCGAGUGUGCCUCCACUAACACAGAGGGUGCCUCCGCUAACAUCCAGUGUGUCUCCACUAACAUCCAGUGUGCCUCCACUAACACUGAGUGUGCCUCCGCUAACAUCCAGUGUGUCUCUACUCGCACCGAGUGUGCCUCCACUAACACGGAGUGUGCCUCCACUAACAUCCAGUGUGUCUCCACUAACAUCCAGUGUGCCUCCCUAACACUGAGUGUGCCUCCGCUAACAUCCAGUGUGUCUCUACUCGCACCGAGUGUGCCUCCACUAACACUGAGUGUGCCUCCACUAACACGGAGUGUGCCUCCGCUAACAUCCAGUGUGCCUCCACUAACAUCCAGUGUGCCUCCACUAACACUGAGUGUGCCUCCGCUAACAUCCAGUGUGUCUCUACUCGCACCGAGUGUGCCUCCACUAACACUGUGUGUGCCUCCACUAACACUGAGUGUGCCUCCACUAACACGGAGUGUGCCUUCACUAACACGGAGUGUGCCUCCACUAACAUCCAGUGUGCCUCCACUAACACCGAGUGUGCCUCCACUAACACCGAGUGUGCCUCUACUAACAUCCAGUGUGCCUCAACUAACACCGAGUGUGCCUCUACUAACAUCCAGUGUGCCUCAACUAUCACUCAGUGUGCCUUCACUAACAUCCAGUGUGCCUCUACUAUCACUCAGUGUGCCUUCACUAACAUCCAGUGUGCCUCUACUAUCACUCAGUGUGCCUUCACUAACAUCCAGUGUGCCUCUACUAUCACUCAGUGUGCCUUCACUAACAUCCAGUGUGCCUCUACUAUCACUCAGUGUGCCUUCACUAAAAUCCAGUGUGCCUCUACUAUCACUCAGUGUGCCUUCACUAACAUCCAGUGUGCCUCUACUAUCACUCAGUGUGCCUUCACUAACAUCCAGUGUGCCUCUACUAUCACUCAGUGUGCCUUCACUAACAUCCAGUGUGUCUUCACUCACACUGAGUGUGCCUCCACUAACAUCCAGUGUGCCUCUACUAUCACUGAGUGUGCCUCUACUAACAUCUAG